CAACAAUAAAUUUUUCUUUUAAUUUCUACACUCACUAUCCUCUCCUAGGGUUUCAUUUCAUUUCUUAUAAUUUUGUUUUCAAUCAUAUUCCUGAAUCUUAAUUUUGUGUUUUGUGGGAGUCAGAAGAAGUAAUCUCUCUGCUGCAUGCAAAGCCAGAGAUCUGUCCUAAGAAAUGGAGCAAAAUCAGCAGUCCACUUCUUCAAAUGGUUCAGGUGUUCCUCCACCUCCAGAGCCAUUAAUGUAUAAGAAUCACUUGAUUACUUAUACACAGAGAUCAGCAAUCCCAUUACCUGUUUAUGAAACUGUUAAUUUAGGUUAUAGAUGUACUGUCCAUGUUAAUGGAGUAGCUUAUACGACAGCUGAUACGUUUAGAAAUCCUAAAGAUGCCGAACAGGAAGCUUCAAAACUGGCUUUAGAGUCUAUUGCUAAGAAGAUUAAGGAAGAAAGUAUCGCCAUUAUUAACAAGGACCCUGUAUCUUGCAAAUCCAUUCUCAAUGAGUACGCAGUCAAAUUGAAUCUGCCAAUACCUAUGUAUACAACGACACAACUAGAGCUUCUUCCCAUCUUCAACUCCUCUUUAGAGUUUAAUGGUAAAUCUUACACUGGUCCUGCUGCCAGAAGCAAGAAAGAUGCAGAACGGUUGGCAGCUCGCAUGGCUAUUCAUUCUAUAAUAGGUGCUUCUGGUUCAGGGACUUCUCUUCCAGAGAUUAUCAUAUCCAAAAGUAGACUAUCUAAUGCGUCCCGUAUGCUUGAGGAGUCUCAGACUAUCCAAGAUAGUCAUGCUGCAAUGGUGGCAACCCCGGGGUGUAAUUGUGGGGGUUCCACAAGGAAAAGGAAACAAAUUCUGAACCCUUCUUCCCAGACGUUUAAUGAAGGUGUAACAUCAACACCCCCACCUUCAGAAUGUAAGAAACCUAGAGAGGAAAACUCUUGUGAAAUGAGUGCUGGUCCAAUAGGAAACGUGCAACACUUACUGGAUCAACCUGUGUCAAUCAGUGAACAUUGUAGAGCUGUUUCUGAUCCAUCUCGUGCAGCCGAGGAGUCUCAGACUAUCCAGGAUACUAAGAUGGUGACGGUGACAAGCCCAGGGAGUAAUUCUGGGGGCUCCAGGAUGAAGGGGAAAGAAAUUCUGAACUCUUCAUUUUCACAGACACCCGUUGAAGUUGUAACAGCAACACCUACACCCUCCAAUGGAAUAGGAAACACGACAUCCUUAUUGGAUCAACCUGUGGAUGGGUGCUUAGACAGAAAGGACACACUAUCUUACAAAUCCAUUCUCAAUGAGUACGCAGUCAAGAUGAAUCAUCCAGUACUUGCAUAUACAACAACUCAAGCAGAUCCUCAUUCCUUCUUCGUCUCUUCUUUAGUGUUUAACGGUAAAACGUACGCUGGUCCUGCUGCCAGAAACAAGAAAGAUGCAGAACGGUUGGCAGCUCGCACGGUUAUCCAUUCUAUAACAGGUACUUCUGAUCCAGGGACUUGUCUUUCAGAAAUUAUGAAAUUUAAAAGCAGACUGUCUAAUGCACCCCGUAAAGAUGUAGGAGCAACCCCUUCACCCUCUCAUGAAAUCAAGAAACCGAAAGAAGAACCUCUAUUCGAGACCAAUGCUGGUCCAAUAGGAAAUGUAGCACCCUUAUUAGAUCAACCUGUUGGUGGGUGCUAAGACAGAUUGGUUACAUAUUACUCUUUCAACUCAACCUUCUGUAGUUUUUUUUCCGAGACGUACGUACUCUUAUCUUCUAGAGCGUUCUUCUUGUUCAAAAGUGCUAGUAUAAUCUUGGCGUGUUCAAAGGGUAAGUGUAUGCAUUAGGCAUCUGUUGUCACCUAGUGUUGUAAUCUUUGUUUUGUUUAUAUUAAGAUGUCAUAGCAUUAUGUAAUCAUGUCCUAGGUUGUCUGGUUCUAAUUUGUGUUACAGCUGUUGCUGGUUAACUUAAGGAGGCAGUAUGUGACACUUCUUAUAAGAAAAUGUGGAAACUUUACUUUUGUGCCA